AUGUCUGUACCCGCCGCACCACCAACCAUGGAGAUACGACAGCAACUUCAAGAUUUGAUUGAUGCUGUCCCCCACAAUGACAGUGUUAUUCGUGAGGGACAAUACUGCCGCAGCCCUGGCUUCUUGACACAACUCAGAGACGAGGAAGUACAAAGGCUUCUGCAAAUAUAUUUCGAGAACGAACAUACCGUGAUCCCGAUGUUGCUCGCCCAGGAAUCUGAAGCGCACCGUCUAUCAUAUUUCAAAACCAAAGCAGCUUCAGACCUGAAAACCGGUAUCGCUAUCGGCUCCCUGGUCGCAUAUCAUACCUUGCUCGACCCCGAGAACUCCGUUCGCGGAGCACUUCUUAGCGUUUUCGGCCGAUCGCUGCUCGUUCAAUCCCAGGCUGACGAAACGGACGAUCGGGUCCUCGACGAGUCCAUAGAAUACUGUCGCAAAGCUGUCACUUUGGGUGAUCCCCAGGGAUGGAACCGAUCGCUGCAUCUCAACGACUUGGGUCAACAACUAACGACCAGAUAUGCCCGGCAGCAUACUGAUGCCGACUACGCGGAGGCAGAAGCAAGCUUCCAACAAGCUUCUGAAUUGAGACCUGCUGGGAAGCCAGUCUUUCUAUUUCGUUGGGCGAAAUUGAUCCGUGAGCGGGACGAGUUGGAAGGUUGCGAAAAAGCGGAAAUGCUACGCAAGUACAUUACCAAGCUGGGAGAAGCCGUUCGCAGCGAAAGCAAUGCAUUUAAGAACGCCGAGUAUCGUGUCUCCAUCAGCUGUAUCUGGUGGAAUCUGGGAUCUGCCAUGUGUGAACGCCACCAACUCACAAAAUUGCCCGAGGAUUUGGAAAAAGCGAGCAAGAUAUUCGGUCUCGCAAGGGGGGGCCCCUCAGCACGAUGCAAAUGA